AUGGCGCAACCACUCCUCUUCCUCUCUCGUCGGGUGAUUGCCUCCUCCUGCCGCCGUCUCAAUCUCACCUCCCCAUCCAGAAUCAUCGCAUCCUACUCCCGCAUUACACCUACGAGACCGCAACACCAACACCACUGCCAACAACGACAACGCCUCCAACCCUUGACUAGAACAUACCACUCCGACUACCACCCCUCCAAACCCCCGCAAGAAGACGAAUACUCCAAUUCCCAAAUCACCAUCCUCUCCGCCGCCCUCUCACACGUUCCCCGCCACGGCUUCUCCCGCGACGCUCUGAUUCUAGGCGCGCGCGACUCGGGAUUCCUCGAUGUCUCGGUGCAACUAUUGCCGCGCGGGGAGUUUGAUCUCGUACUGUUUUGGUUGGCGAGUAGACGGGGACUGUUGAGGAAUGUUGCUGAGAAAUUGAAGGAGAGGGAGGGAUUGUCUGUGGAGGAGAAGGUGAGAUGUUUAGUUAUGGAGAGGUUGAGGAUGAAUGAGAUGGUUAAGGGGGAGUGGCAGGGUGCACUGGCUCUCAUGUCCCUCGCUGGGAACAUCCCGCUCUCCCUCUCCGAACUUCACGCUCUUUCAUCUGAUAUCUUGAACCUCGCCGGCGAUACUUCUGUCGAUGCCUCAUGGUACACCAAGCGAAUGUCCGUGGCUGCCAUCUACGCCAGCGCAGAAGUCUACAUGACCCGUGACCAGAGCCCGAACCUUGCCGAGACGGAGGAAUUUGUCAACCGGCGCUUCGAGGAUAGCAUUGCGAUUGGCGAGAAGUUGAGCGGCGCUAAGCAGUGCCUUGGCUUUAUGGGGACGACCGCUGUUGGAUUGGGAAGGAGUUGGGGGUUCAAAAUUUAG